AUGGAAGUGCGUGACGGAAGCCUACUUCAGAAGUUGAGCGAGGCACCGGAUGCGGGGUCCAUCGCGGAACAGCUGCGCCAAGAAGCGUGCGGGAAGCUGAAGAGCUUGGCAGAGUACAGCCCUGCUAUCCGUGCAUGUGGAAAACAUUCCGCUUGGCAGUGCGCCGUUUGGUUACUCGGGGCGGAAGAGCAGCAGAAGUCGCCUGCUGCGCUGGCUUCCUACACUGCCUGCAUAAGUGCCUGUGGAAAGGGCUUCGCCUGGGCUGCUGCGUGGAGCCUUCUGCAGGUUAUGCUGCAAAAGAGAGCCGAGCCAAAUGUGUACACGUGCAGUGCGGCGGUGAGCGCUUGCGUCGAGCCCAACAUCGUCUCCUUUGGGCAAAGCCGGUGCCAAGCAAACGUUUUCAUCUACAAUGCGGCGGUGCGUGCGCCUUCCACAGCGAGGCAGUGGGAGCAUGCGACUGACAUCUUGUACUGGUUGCACAGCAGCGGAAUCAAGCGGAACAUCGAGGACUUGCCUCGGGGUGACAUCAUCAUGGGGGAUGUCAAGGGCCUUCCGAAGUCAGCUGUCUCGCACCGGAGCUACCUUGAUGCGGCAAUGAAGGAUGAGCCCGUGAGCGCAAAUGCUGCAGGUUUCAUGAAGUCAUCGUCCCAGCUCUCGUGA